AUGUUCACACUCUACCUUCAUGAUACAGAUGGCAACACACAAGAAAUCGUUGUUUCUCCUUCAGACCCAAUAAAGAGAUUAGAUAUCAACUUCAAGAAUGGACAAAGGCCACACAUCAUUUUCGAUAAUCACCUCAUCGUAAGUGACUUCACAUUCUCAUUCUAUGGCAUCAAGAAUGGCGACCACCUCUACUUAAUGCCGAAUACAACAGGCAAGUCAAAUCAGAUGACCAGCCCAUUUUUGCCUGAAAGAUUCAACGAAGCCCAAAAAAGAUUCAACAUGGCUCAGAGCUUCCAUCCAGAGUCUGACCACUCUUUCGUUCUUGAGAGUGUUAGACUGAAAGACCAGUACUUCAACAAAAUCGAAUCUAACUACUACCUCAAUAGAGCUGUAAUGGCUAGAACCUUUGAGGCCGAGCAGACUGUUAGAAAGAUCAAACAUACAAAAUUAAUCACAGAUUUCAAAAAAUUAUCGAAACCAUCGACAACUGCUCUUCCAAAGUUCUGGUAA